GCUCAUUGGUCAGUCACUGGACAUUCAAAAGUGACUGACAGAAGGCGUCAACGCUUCUGUUUCGGCGACUGCGAGAAAAAGGAAAAUUCGAUCAAAUUCGUUGACCAAAAAAAAAUUAAAAAUAAAAUUCCUUCUUUAAGCGGAAUCCUUCACUAUUGCGGACUAGUUUCCGCCAAGCGACUGAGACCCCUUCAGUUGGAAUCCUAAUCCUAACCUGGACUGUACUGAGAUCUUUUGUACGAGUUACUUGCUGCAACUUUCCCAGGCUGACAUUUUCUUAUUAUAUAUUUUUUUUUAAUCCAACGGUACUACUUUCGCUUUCUUGGGACCAACAAGGUUUUGACUCUCUCAACAAUUUCCCAUGAUGUUGUCAGCUGUUGUUUGCACGGUGACCGGAAGUUAGCAUGGCGCGGUAGUCCAAACGUGGAAGUUAACAUUGGACUUUGUGGCGGAUGCGCAGGAUUAAACUGGUUUGGCAACUCUUAAUAAACACCACCGAAGAAAAAACAAGAAGCAGGAAGUGAUGUGCAAUGACUGAAAGUGGCGCACAGCUGUUCGCCCGACUUGAUGGCCGCCGAAGUGUCGGCGACGUCGAGCCUCGCCUCUUUCCCCGAGCGGGGGGACCCGGACCCGGUCAGUCGCCGCCAGACUCUCCUGCACAUUCACGUACACGGUGUGCGGUUGUGGAGCUCUGUGGACUGGAGGGAACGGGUAAGACGGAGCUGCUGUACCACUUCCUGUGCCGUGCCAUCCUCCCCCCCGAGGCCGGCGGCCUGCAGCUGGAGGUGAUUUUCGUGGACACGGACUGCAGCCUGGACAUGUUGCGGGUGGUCGGCGUCCUGGACGCCAGGCUGAGCCGAGCCGGCGGUGCGCCGAGCUCGCCGUCGUCGCGCGACGCCUGCGUGCGCGAGUGCCUGUCUCGCCUGCUGGUGGCGCACUGCCGCUCUUCUUGCCAGCUCCUGUUGACGCUGCACUCGCUGGAGGCUCGCUUGGUGCGUCGGCCCGGCUUGACGCUCCUCCUCCUGGACAGCGCGUCCGCCUUCUAUUGGCUGGACCGCGGCGAGGGCGGGCCGAGCGUGGCCAAGCAGGAAGAAAAGCUGAGCAGAUGUUCGCAGAUGUUGGGCGGUCUGCUCAGGGAUUACAAGAUCAGCGUGUUUGCCUGCUGCCACGCCAGCAGGAGGCGCUGCGGACGCGCCUCGUCUUCCUACGUCUCCGACCUGUGUCGCCCUUGGCAACGGCUGGUCACUCACCGUUUGCUGUGCUCCAGACAGGAAGUUUGCCCCGCGGGAGGCGGCGAGGGGCGCCGCCGAAGUCACAUCUUCACCGUACGCUGCACUUCCUCCUCAUCAUCAUCAUCAUCGUCAUCAUCGUCGUCGAGGAGGAAAGCAUCCACAAGUUGCUCUUUCCGUGUUUGCGACACCGGCCUGGAAUUUCUGUGACGCUCCUCUGAAUCUUGUGAGAGCGGCGGCGUAGAGACUGCAUUUUGCAUCAGCAAUCUCUCAAGCAUUUAAAAAAAUGCUCGCCCUGAACUGGUGCCUCAAUGCUGGAGGACAUUUGAGCUUUUAUUGUCCUCACAUGAAUGCAAACAACAAAGACAAUUGAAUGCACCCAAAGUCAAGUCCGGAUCUCUCUGAAUUGAGUCUCGACAAUUUGUGCGUCCAGUCCAGAAUGUUGCAAGUUCAAGUCUGGAUCCGAGUGAUUUCCGAUACUUGUGAUUCUCAUCCAGCUCCGUGGCGGGAUCCUCACAAAUUCUCAAAACUGCAGUCUGGACCAUUGUCAAUAAAAUCCCAAUCCUAUUUGGUCCGUCGAGAUCUUCAACAAUCCAGCCUGGAUUCUUUUGACUCCGGUCCAGGAUGAUACUUGUGAGUCUCAAAUCAAUCAACCAAAAGUUUUAUCUGAGCAGAAAAUAAAAUCCCAUUCAGACCAAAGUCUCUUUUUCAAAUGGUGAACCGGCCAAGAAGGUGCAGCACAAAAAAAAAAAAAAAAUCAUCCCAGCAAACAAUACGACAUCGGCAGAAACGAAAGCAAUAUAAACACAAAGUACAUACUGUAUCUGAAGGAGCACACACACAGAAAAGAAUCCAAUUACAAAGUGAAAACUGUCCAGGGAUCACAAUCCUCCCAGAAAGAAGAGCAGUAAAUAUUUAUCAAAUGUACAAAAUUGCUCAAGUUUUGUGCGAUCCUUUUGGAUUUGAGUCCAAAUUCUUACAUUUCCAGUCCGUUCCUUUUUGUCUUUGGUCAAUCAGGAUAGCCGCGACUGGAGUUCGGAUCCGCGAGGGUCCAGUUCGGGUCCUCGUGAGUUUUACUCCGGAACCUCGCGAGGCGAAAUCCAGUCCGGGACUUGAGGUCCGAUGACAUGCACCGAAGCACUCGGAGCAGAUCCGUGCGCGGGGUCACGAGCACUUUGACACUUUGAACGCACUUUGUGCGCGUAUCCCUCCGAUCCGCGCCGCUUAUCCUCACAAGGGUCGCGUGAGUCCUGGAGCCUAUCCCGGCUCCCUUCGACCAGGAGGCGGGAUGGGGUACACACACCUUCCACCGGUCGCCAGCCAGUCGCGGGGCACACAGAGCCAAACAACCAUUCACGCUCACGA